ACACAGUUAACAAGUGAAGCUAUGGCGUUUGCUUUGCAUAACUAUGCUCUUGCUAUUUUGCUUUUGGUCAUAAUCCCAUUUGAGGGCACGUAUGGCUCCCAUCACCACCAACACAAACACAAACACCAACACCUCAAAUCCCUUCACUUCUCGUUGUUUCAACAUGAAACCGUAAACAAAACAGGAUAUAUUAUAGUAAAUGGCGUGGAAGGAGGGCCAAGAAUCACAGCAACCACAGCCCCUUUUGGUACCAUUUUUGUCUUUCAAGACCCUUUGACUGUCACAGCUAACAGAUCCUCAAAAGUAGUUGGAAUUGAUGAAGGAACUACCUUCACCACUAGCAAUGAUGGGCUUCUCAGCCUUUCAAUUGCCAAGUUAACUCUGCGUCUAAAGCAUCACAAGGGGUCCAUUUCCGUUGUUGGAGGCACAAAUAACAUCAAGGCUUCAAAUCUUCCAGUAGUAGGAGGCACUGAAGAUUUCUUGUUUGUGCAAGGCUAUGUUACCGCUUCUCCAGUUGAUCUAAAGGGUCUUGCAGUUGUCUACAAAGUUGAAUUUCAUCUUUACUGGCCUCCAUAUGCAACUCAAGCCUCUUAAAAGGGCACUGGCACCUUCCAAUUGCAAUGGAUCAUAUCUUUUUUUCUUUUAUUAUUAUUUUCUUACAUUAGGCCACAUUGCUUCUGUGUGAAUUGAAUUUCUUGCUAGCCAGUAACUUGUGGUUUCUGGGGUGUAGAUUCAUGUUGGUAAGGUGCCAUCUUAGUAAUUUUAUUUUUUUAGUAUUGAUUAGAACUCUGUUUGUUCUUAGUUGAAAACUCAUGUAUUACAAAGCUUCCUUGGAGCAGUUUCUGAAAUAAACAUGACCUAGUAUCAAAUAGUUUUGGCAGAAAGAAGGAUGAGAACUAGACUGUAGCAGUGUGGGCAAAGGCAGAGAUAAAUAUGAUCCUUCUUAAAGUUGUUAAUGAGACAAGAAAGCAGACUAUUAGGUUCAAAUUA